AUGCCCAGCGAUAAGACUGUGGGAGGGGGAGACGACUCCUUUAACACCUUCUUCAGUGAAACGGGAGCCGGGAAACACGUCCCCAGAGCCGUGUUUGUGGAUCCGGAGCCCACCGUCAUCGACGAGGUGCGAACAGGAACCUACCGCCAGCUGUUCCACCCGGAGCAGCUCAUCACCGGGAAGGAGGACGCUGCUAAUAACUACGCUCGCGGUCACUACACCAUUGGGAAAGAGAUCAUCGAUGUUGUCCUGGACCGCAUCAGGAAACUGGUGUCCACUGCGGUGGUGGAGCCGUACAACGCCAUCCUGACCACGCACACCACUCUGGAGCACUCUGACUGCGCCUUCAUGGUGGACAACGAGGCGGUGUACGACAUCUGCCGGCGCAACCUGGACAUCGAGCGCCCCACCUACAUCAACCUGAACCGUCUGAUGAGCCAGAUAGUGUCCUCCAUCACCGCCUCCCUGCGCUUCGACGGCGCCCUGAACGUGGACCUCAGAGUUCCAGACUAA